UGGCAGGACGCCGCUGGAGAGGAAGCCGACCGGCUCUGAGCUGAGCACAGAACCGACCGAGCACGUCGCGCGCCGCCGCUCAGCACCCGAAAGCAGCACAGCGAUCAAACCCCACCCCCCAGUCACCGCCCCCGUGGUGAAACGUCACAUCCACGGCUAUUUGCAUGAAGUGUUUUCGUGCUGCAGCUCCAACUCGCCUGCAGAGCGAGAGUCUCCGAGGGCUGAAAGCGAGGGAAGAGUCACAGCGAAAGCAGGAGGAGGCGGAGGAGGAGGGGGAUCCUUCACAUCUUAGAAGAAGCAGGAGGGGGAAAAAAGGAAAUAAUAAAGCGAGCCCUGACAGAAUAGAUCAGGUGUCCGCGGUAAGAGAAACCGGAGAGUCGCCUCUCUUUCGCUGGAAAAUGGAGCUACCCGCCGCUGGAGAGCACGUAUUUGCGGUGGAGAGCAUCGAGAAGAAGCGCAGCAGAAAGGGGAGGGUCGAGUAUCUGGUCAAGUGGAGAGGAUGGUCUCCAAGAUACAACACAUGGGAACCAGAGGAAAACAUCCUGGAUCCAAGGCUGCUUGAUGCUUUCCAAGACAGGGAACGUCAGGAGCAGCUGAUGGGAUACCGCAAAAGAGGACCCAAGCCGAAGCACCUUCUGGUUCAGGUGCCAUCGUUUGCCAGGAGGUCCAACAUCCUAGCGAACCUUCAGGAGGCUUCCUUGGAAGGCAACAGCUGUCAGAAGUCCAGCUCUAUUCAGAUGAUAUGCCCCCAGGCCCCACAGUUCCAGCUGAACAGCAAGAAACUUCACCACUACCAGCCCCUGAUCAGGGAGUGUGAUCCCGAGCAGCAAUCCAACGGCAAGAAAUUCUUCUAUGAACUCAACAGCAAGAAGCAUCACCACUAUCAACCGGACUUGAAGCAACAUGAGCCUGUUUUUGCUAAGCCAAGGGACGUCAAGGCUCCUGAACUGUCAAACAAAGGAUACAACCUCCCAGCGGUGCUGCAGCAAAAGUGGGUCCGGGACAAAGACUCAGGCUGCCUGACUAAAGUAAAAGACAUCACUAUGGAGUUAAAGAAAAUUCCAGCCGACCUUAAAGGACAGAAAGAGCCGGAGAGAGUGAAACCGAAAGAGGAUGCCUCAACACACUCCAACGGUGUCUGCAGCAGUAAGCUAAAGAUUGUUAAGAACAAGAACAAAAAUGGGCGGAUUGUCAUUGUCAUGAGCAAGUACAUGGAAAACGGCAUGCAGACUGCUAAAAUCAAAAGCAGUGAUUCUGAAGGCGCUGAAAGGCCGCUGCAAGGAGCAGAAAGCAGCAUGGAGGGGCGCCUGGCAGAGAUGGAGCUUGUCAAAAAGCUCAGCCUCAUAAACGGUUUCUCGAAGCAACCCAAAGACAACCCAACUGUUCCUACUUCUGGGAUAAAAGCAGAUUGUUGCAAAGAGAAGGAAUUGUCCCCUCAAACAGAGCGGACUGUAAUGGAACAGGACAAAGGUGCCGAGGGGCAGCUUCCACAGGAUAAGCCAUUACAGCUGACAAAUAAGCCUGACGAACUGCCCCUGCCCUCAGAGAGGGAGGUUCCAGACAAAAAAGGAAUCCAGAACGGCCAUCACGGACUAAAGCGACACCUUUCCGACACAGACGCUGAAGAACAAGGACUGGGUAAGAGGUUUUUAAGUUACAGGAGUAUCAGCGCUCCCAACACAGAUUCCUCGCCCUCCCAGAGUCUCAUUGUUGACAGAAACGAACAACAGAGUCCGGCUUUACUGCACGACUAUGGCUAUGCAGACCAAGAGGAACCCAUGGACCUCAGCAUAGUCAAAUCGAGGCCCACGUCUUUAGUCUGUGUGGGGACUGAACCAGAGACGCGAGCUGAGGAGCCAGCCCAUCCACUAGAUGACAGUCGAACACAGGCAGACACACAAACAGAGAGCCAGACUGAAACACACAAUCUGUCAGAGGAGGAGAGCGCUGACAUUGUGUCUGACUCCAACCACCAAGCAAGAAAAAACGAGGCGUUUCCUUCUUUCCAGCCAUGCCUUGGGAAUAUAGUCAUCACGGACAUUACUGCCAACUGCCUCACCGUUACCUUUAAGGAAUACGUAACGGCAUAACACAGCUGGACACCACCUGAGGGACUGACAUAUGACAUAUUUGUAUUUUCUGAUUCCUGAAUGUACAAAUGAAGCUUUGAUGUUGUUUUCAUUUUGUAAAACUCAGAUUUAAACACAAGGGUAAAAAAAAAAAAGACUCUUAGUUCUCUUCUUGCAUAUUUUCGAAGUAUAAACCCAACCUGUUGGUAUUUCAAAUUUCCAACCUAAUCCAAGCUGCAAAAUUUUAUGAAAUAAUUGAUGAAACUCUAGCCUAACAUGCGCUUACUUUUGUAGACAGUCUUCAUUUUUCUAUGGAUGUGAUUUGAUUUGUACACUCAACCUGUCUACUUUCGGAUUACGGAUAAAUGUAGGCUUUAAAGGGAGCUUUUGUAAGGUAGAAAAUUAUAUUAAAUCAAGGUACAUUACACUGUGCCAGAGUGUGUGCGUGUGUGAGUGUGAGAUGGACUGUUUUUAAAGAGGAUGCCUGCCGCUUGGAUGUUGAUGAUGCCAUUAGGCAUGCUUAGACAGGCAGAUACAGAAAAAGAAAUGAAGCACCUUCACUGUCAAUUUGUGUCAUAGAAACAGAUCAUUUGUGGUCACCGUUUGAUCUGUUUGAAAGACUUCCUCUCCAUUCACAACCCAUGGGAACUUAAACUGAGCACAAGUCACUUCCAUUAAGUUUGCGGUGUCUGUUUAACCUACUGACAGGAUCUUGUUUUAGUGGAACAUCAGGCAUAAUCAACUUUGGAGAAAACAGCAGCGAUUUUAAGUGUGUUACAAGCCCAUUUCAGACAACAGUUUGUCGUUCUGGCUGCAUGGGAUCUGAGGUGCUUUGAGAGAACGUGAGCACUUAUAUGUGCAGACUAAAAACAGGAGGUUUCCUAUGAUACUUAUUGCAAUAAAAAUGUUUUGCAAGAGAA